AUGGCAUCUCUAGGAAAAAAGAAUAAAUCCUUAAGAAGAUCCAACCAAGCCAGCGACAGCAUACUGUCACGAGUCUCUGAUUAUUCGAUCGUGAGGAAAGGCAAAACCGCUGCCUGUGACGCGGCGUACUUGGCGAAGCGCCUGAUGAAGAGCACAGGCAAGGCGGCAUGGAUUGUGGCUACCUCGUUUAUUGUUCUGGGACUGCCGCUCAUCAUAGAGAUGGACAGGGAGGCGCAGUUAAAUGAACUCGAGCUCCAGCAGGCGUCUCUUCUUGGCACUUCGGCUUCCCAACCUUCCUUCAUGGGUCCAUCCUAA